GCAGCAGAUAAGAUUUUGAUAACACAAAGCCGGCCACACGACACAAAACCGAAACGAAUGUAGCAGGAGCCCAGGAUAAGAUUCAAAAACCUUGACGACCGUGCAGCUCGCAAGCUGCGGCAAUGGCGGCGACACUGCAGUUCAUCAGCCUGCUCGGCACCUCCUCCGCCCAUCCAGCUCCUUCCUGCAGCAGCAGCAACGAGAAGCAGCACCGCGCUGUCCACCUGCCCCAGCAGCAUCAGCACGGGAGGAGGGGCGGGAGGAGGCUCCGCGCCGUCCGCGCCGUCGAGACGGGCGCCGAGCCUGCCCCCGCCGACUCUGAGAUGGCGGUGGAGCCGCCGUCCGUCGACUUUGCGUUCGUCAGCCCUCGGUUGCUGCCGGACGGGACGCCGGACGUGCACUACCGGACGGCGUGCGGCGGGCAGAAGCUUAGGGACAUCAUGCUCGAAGGUUAUAUCGACCUCUACGGGCCUUACGAUAAAUUGCUGCUCAACUGCUCGGGGGGCGGCGAGUGCGGGACCUGCAUCGUGGAGGUAGUUGAAGGCGGCGAAAUGCUUUCUCCAAAGAACGAAGUAGAAAAGGAAAAGCUUAAAAGGAAACCCAAGUCAUGGAGGCUGGCGUGCCAGGCCACGGUUGGCAACCCAGAUUCAACAGGACAGAUGGUCAUACAGCAGCUACCAGAGUGGAAGGUACACAAGUGGGAGAAGUGAUUGGAGUAUAACAUUAUGAUGGUCAUCCAGUAGACCUCAUGACCCUGGAAGAAUUAGACAGGAGCAACACUUGGUCAGGAGAAGAAGAACUAGAGGCUGUCUGUUUGAAGCCUCAACGAGGACUAUAUGUAAAGGCCGACACAGAGACAUGUGAAGGCGUCCCGUAGAACUAGAAGCAAAGGCGCACUUCCUUGCGCUCGUAAACAAAUACGUAGUACAAAAUAAUCCAAAGUGCUCCAAUGCUCAAAUAUUUAACAAUCGGUUCAGUUUUCUCA